AUCAAUAUGAAAAAGAAAUCCUGUCUUUUAAUAACCAGGAUAGUUGUGAUAUUAUUUAUAGCUUACCAAAUCUACUUCUUUAUAAGUUUAAGCUCUGAAAAAAAUGGCAAAGAAGUGGUAUUACCAGAUAACGAUAUCCGAGAAACGCACAAUGUAAUAAAAGGGAUCAAAGAUGUGGACAUGGCAGAAGCUUACCGGGCUGAUAACAUGUAUCAAUUCAAAUGUAUAAACUCAGAACAGCAUAUUCCAUAUGAAUCUGUGAAUGAUGAUUAUUGUGAUUGUGAGGAUGGCACGGACGAGCCUAGCACUAAUGCUUGCUCAAAUGGAGUGUUCCACUGCAGUUAUCCACACCCAUACCGUGACUUGCCAACAUCCAUCCCCUCGAGUAUGGUGAAUGAUGGUAUAUGUGACUGUUGUGAUGGUUCUGACGAGUGGUUGGAUAGUCAGAAAAAGGUGCUGACGCAAGGAUCUGCACAGCUACGAAGACAUUAUGCACCAAAGUGCCCUAAUCUGUGUUCUAGUUCAAGCAAUAACUAACUGUUACAUCAGGUUAAACCCAAUAAGCAUAAUUAUCGUCACAAACAUGA